GCAACGCCUAUCGAAAGACAGCCUUUCUCCUAACCUUUUCCUCCCUAUAACUGAUCAACAAACUAAAUGUUGCGAGGAUAACCACACUAGGAGCACAAGCGGUCUCAUGCCAUCUCCGCCACAACUGUAACGAGCAUUCGACCCGUGAGCAAUGAAAGGCAACGUAUUCGAGCCAGUACCUUGAUGCCGCCGUGAGCUUGUUCUGCGCACUGACUGUUAGCAACAGUGAAAGAUCGAUCACCAAAGACGAUUCACCUUCCCUCUAAACAAAUCCUCCGAAUCCGUUCACGAAACAGGGCGGACACGUCUUUGUUUGUAGUUGAGAAAUGCUACGCGACACUCGGCGCAAAUCGGACAAUGAGGGCUGAAUGGACAAUCAGAAUCGCAAAAUGGAACAAUAACUUUCCAGUCUCGUGGAAUCAGUCUCGCCCACGCCUGUUCCGAAUUCCUUGGCUUGUGUGGCAGCAUCUGAAAAGCGAUCAAGAGGCUUCGGAAGCUUGGGACCUAGUUUUUGACGUUUGCCGGGUUUUCUGGCUCGACCGGCAAUGCCAGAUUCAUCUGCUGCGCGCUUGUUUCGGGCUGCCAAAAUGUCAUCAUAAGUCAUGAUUUUUGGCACUUCCGACCACUGUGGACCUGGUCGAUACUCGCGUCUUUUUUUCAUUGUUUUGCUCGAACAGCUUCUUGUUCUCCGCUCGGAGGAGCGCACAGUCAGCACGCGACUUUUGAACUGCAUUGUGGAACUUGGCGAAUCGUCGUUUGACAGGGCUGUCAAGAUCACCGAUAUCCUGUUCCAGUUUCUUGCUCAGCAAUGUGAUACCCUCAGAAGUGGUAGGGGUAGUCAGCAUGUCAUUCGGCGAUGGAGGUGCUACAUUCACGGUCUGCGUCCGAGGAUCAGUUGCCUCGGUGAGUGGUGGCUGGAUGUCAUUGGGCCCCCGGGCCGGAUUAAACGGGUGGAGGCCCGCCUUGCACCAAGCGGACAUGAUGUUUCGAGGUGUGAAGGCUUCGUCGCGUGCCCGGCUGUAAAGUAGGAUGAAGUGCUGCUUGCCUACGGUGUUAGCACCGCCAUGAUACAAGUUCUCGACCUG